AGUAAUUACUGUACCUGUUAAGAAAAUGGCUGAUUUUUAAAAAACUUUAUUAGCGUUGAAAUAAAGCAUAUUGAUAACCUGUGAGACAAAACCCAGGGCAGACUUGGCAGAACCACAAGGGUACUCAAAUGUUGAACCAUAGCAACCGUGAAAGUGGGUUCAGCAACAAGGAAAGCGGUGUGAAUAGUGUUUGAAUGGAAUUCUAUUUAUACAUCUAAUAGUUCCGUUCAUCAUUAUCAUGGAUGAUCCCACUAAUGAUGUUCAGAAAGAGCUGGAGUCGGUGGAGGCAGAGCUUGAGUUGGUGGAGCUACAGAUCGCGGAGCUUCGUGAGAAGAAAUCCGAGUUGACUUCCCGUAAGAAUGUGCUGCUGUGCAAACUGGAAGAUGCCUGUGAAUCUGCGUCUGCGUCAUCUUCAUCAAGCCAGUCUUCCAAAGCUGGUUCAGUCAUGAACAAGGAGGAAAUGGAGCAAUAUGAUUGCACAGAUUUUGCGUGGUCUCCGGAUGUGACUCGGCAGCUAACAGAGUCGUUCCAGCUGUCCAAAUUCAGACCCCUGCAGCUGAGGGCCAUCAACCUGACAAUGGCAGGGAAAGAUCUGUUUCUUGUGAUGCCCACUGGCAGAGGAAAAAGCCUCUGCUAUCAGCUCCCGGCUAUUUGUUCUGACGGUUUUACAUUGGUCGUCACCCCUCUGGUGUCACUAAUGGAGGAUCAGAUCAUGUACCUGGAGUCCAUUGGGGUGUCAGCAGUAAUGCUGAAUGCUUCCAGUGGCAAGGAACACUCUAAGGCAGUAAUGGCUGGUAUGAUUGACAAGAAGGCCCCAUUUAAGAUGAUUUAUGUGACUCCGGAGAAGAUUGCCAAGAGCAAGAUGUUUAUGUCUCGUUUGGAGAAAGCCAACAAUGCCUCUCUGCUGAGUCGCAUCGCUGUGGACGAGGUACACUGCUGCAGCCAGUGGGGACAUGACUUCAGACCAGAUUACAAACUUUUAGGCAUCCUGAAGAGGCAGUUCCCCAAGGUACCACUGAUUGGGCUCACAGCCACAGCGACUAGCAGCAUCCUCAAAGACUGCGGCAAGAUUCUGUGUGUAACAAAGCCAAUCACACUCACGGCCUCCUUCAACCGAAGCAAUCUCUACUAUGAGGUUCGUGUUAAAUCUUCUGACAGCACAUUAAUAAAUGACAUUGCCUCACUGAUUAAGAACCGAUACAAGGACCAGUCAGGCAUCAUAUACGUGUUCUCUCAGAAGGAUGCAGACUCCGUGUCUGCUGAACUCCGACAAAGGAAUAUCUCGGCCUAUCCCUACCAUGCAAAUAUGGAACCUGAUGAUAAGUCUCGUACUCAUCACAAAUGGACCUCUGGCAAAAUCCAGGUGGUGGUCGCCACGGUGGCAUUUGGCAUGGGCAUUGACAAGCCCGAUGUCAGGUUCGUCAUCCAUCACACCAUCAGCAAGUCAAUCGAGAAUUACUAUCAGGAGAGUGGGCGUGCAGGUCGAGAUGAUCGACCAGCAGACUGCAUUGUCUACUUUGGUUUUGCUGAUAUCUUCCGCAUCAGCACCAUGGUGGUGAUGGAAAAUGUGGGUCAACAGAAGCUGAUGCAGAUGGUGUCUUACUGCCAGAGCGUGGACAGGUGUCGCCGCUCCGUCAUGGCUGUUCAUUUUGACGAGGUGUGGGAUGACGUAGGAUGCAACAGCAUGUGUGAUGCUUGCCGCAGUGGAAAAGACUUCCUUACCGUGGAUAUUACCCAACAUGCCAAGGAAGUGGUGCAGAUUUUGGAGCUGGCAGCAUCCAUGCAGGAGAAGCUGACGCCUCUAAAGUUGGUGGAGGCCUGGAUGGGGAAGGGCCCCGCCAAGCGCAGGAAGUUAAUCGAGACCACCACUCUGUCUCGGUUACAGGUUGAGGAUGUGGUCAUCCACCUGCUGCUCCACGAAUACCUCAGGGAGGACUUCAGUUUUACUCCAUACACGACUCACUUCUACUUAAAACUGGGCCGCAAAGCGCCCCUGCUGAAGAGCCCCACUCACACGCUGAGCAUGAAGAUGCGUGCAACAUAUGCACACCAUUCAGGGGAUGCUUCACCUUCAAGUAAGGAGAAUAUCGAUAUGGUCACUGACUCCAUUGCCCCUUCAAAGCAGAAACCAAAAGCCCACAAGGACCCAUCCAGGCAAACUGAAGACAAGGGGACACACGUUAUGGCCCAACAUGUCUUUCAGGUGGACGUUGAAAUGAACGUACCAAAAUGCAAAUCCACCCCCCCUCAAAGAGCGACAAGGAAACCCCACGCUGACGGAACUUAUGUGGUGUCUUCACCCACGGCAUCCAGCUCCCCAUCCCGGGCGUCCGUUAUUUCCAAUACUGCAGCGGAGGAGUUGUGUGACUUGAGGAAGUACUACAGCAAACAGCUUCGGAGGAUAAACUACAUCUCCCAUGAAUACCUGGGCCAGCCCGCUGAGGCGGGGGUGCUGGCUUGUAUCCGGGAACCGUUCAAGUCCCUGCGACUGCCACGGAGGAGGACCAUCACGCAGACAGCCCGAAGUCUUUGGACACGUGUCAGUGGUCGCAGAAGGCUGGUACACAGGUGAUCUAAUCACAGUUUUUUCUGCUGCAGUUUUAUUGGAAAACAUACAAAAAAAAGAAAAAAAGUCUAAUAAAUUGACUGGGCACUAA